AUGCUUUUCCUGACUCCCGUCUUGGUAGCUGUUGUCUGCAUUUUGAUUGUAUGGAUCUUUAAAAAUGCUGAUAGAAGUAUCGAGAAAAGGAAGCGGGAGCCUCGAGCCAGGGCUGAGGCUCGUCCGUGGGUGGAUGAAGACUUAAGAGACAGCACUGACCUCCACCAAGCGGAAGAAGGAACAGCCCCAAGUGGAGCCCACACAGAGCCUUGGACUUUUGUGGUUGUGAAGGACCCAGACGUGAAACAUAAGAUUCGGGAGAUCAUCGAGGAAGAAGAGGAGAUAAACUAUAGGAGAAGAAUGGGAGACAGAUGGGUAACAGACCUGAAGAAACUGAGAACCAAUUGGAUUAAAGAGUACUUGGACACAGCCCCUGUUUUGAUUCUCAUUUUCAAACAAGUACAUGGUUUUGCUGCAAACGGCAAAAAGAAGGUCCACUACUACAGUGAGAUCAGUGUUUCCAUCUCGUGUGGCCUCCUCCUGGCUGCCUUGCAGGUAUAG